GUUGAGAUCUUUCCAUCGAUCACCUCAACUCGCGCCUCCAUCCCGCUGCUAUGAUGUCGCCGGGGAAAGCCGUGAGUGGCAGCUUGCCUGCCGCCAUCCCGCCCAAGACGGUGCAUUCGACCCGUGAAGUCCUCAGCCACCAAUGCAGCCUCAUGAUUGCGCUGAGUGUGCUCUCGUUCUUGUUCACGUACAAAGUAUGGUGGGUUUCGCUCUUCACGACGGCGGUCGCCAGUAUCGGGUACUACGCUUCGGAAAUGGUCAAGGACGUGUCUGCAGCGUCGACUUUAGCUGGUGAUGCACUCGGACGGUCAUUCCAAGUCGGCUCGACAAAGCUAAAGUGCAAGCGACAGGUCUUUUUGGCUGAAUUCUUUUACUACGCCAGCAUCCUCGUGGCUGCUUUUCAAUGCGGCGGCGAGGUCAUGAUGGUGGUCAGUUUGGCUGUCGACAUGUCAUUCAGUCCAAAGAACGGCUGGGAAGUCGCGUGCAUGCUGCUUGGCUCGAUCUGCGUUAUGGCGCUCGUAUAUACCACGGUAUGCCAUACUCUUCACAAUUCGAUUCAAAGGAAUGCCUUUUUCCAGUACAACUCCAAUUUGGCGUGCCGAGCAUUUCUGGAAGAGCGCCGUUUGCAUCCGUCGCAUCAACCGCUAUUGCCCGUGGUUGAUGUGCCGCUGCCGCCACCCGUCGGGAUCGCUCGGAAAACUGCCGCCGCCACCACCACCGACCUGUAGACGUUGAAUACUGAUUCAAUCUCAAACGCACAGGCUCCAGUUGACGCGUCAAUUUUCCUGGCAACGACGAUUUUACCCUAGUACUUGGCCUUCUUGGCCGGUGGCGCAUCUUCCACCGAGCCAUGUGAGAAGGCACAGAGCGAUCCUUUGGUGCAUUUGCCUUGGAGGAACCGUUGGCAUGGCUCCACGGGGGUAACGUGCC